UCCCUCAUUCCAUUCUCAUUUCGGAGGCAAUUUGUCUCUUUCUAGUUCUUCAAAAUCUAGUGUUUAUUGGAUGAAUUGAUUCCUGCACAUUUCCGUUGCUGAAUUGAUUGAAUUUGUUUUUUUAAUAUAUAUAUACACAGAGUGGUUUGUUCAUAGAUUAAACUCUUACUGUUGAUUUCUAGCUGCCUUAUGUUUUUGCAUUUUCGUGAAAACACUUGUGAGAUUUCUCUAUGUUCUUCACCACCUGUUUGUGAAAUUUACUGAAAGAGACUGCGAUUCUGUGUUAUUGAUGUCCAUUGGCAGCUGAAAAAAAUACAAUUUUUUUUUAUUUAAUGAGACAUCAUCUUCUCCAAUAAAUCUGAUUUUCGACUUUAUGUCAGUUUGAAUAGGAUUCAAUGUGCUGUAGAGUUUAGAAGCAUUGUUUCCGGCCUUUAGUUUGUUUACUGUUUGCUCAUUGCACCUUUACUGAUAAAGACUGUCUGCUACACAUUAGCACAAAUAUGCUUUUUUCUAAUCCCAUAGGUAUUCUUGCUUUUGAAGAAACACUAAUUUUCUAACUUUGCUUUCCAUUCUAUCGAGGUAAACUCAAUUGAAACCGCAAUUUUUGUUACCGUAGUCUUUGUUUUCUUUAUUUAGUGUUUGGCUGGUUGAAAAUUCUGGAGCUAGUAUGCUUUGAGAACAUUGGAAAUCAUCAUUUUGCAUCUUGCAAUUUAUGUUUCUGACUGUUUGGAUGGUCGAUUGCAUUUCCUUUUAGUUUUUACCUUUUCUUGGGAUCAAGAGAGAGGAAUUUCUUAUGAAUCUGGUGGGAAUAGCAAGAAAGUCGCUUCAUUUUGAUUUGCAUUUCGAUUCAAGCCUGAAAAACUCUUAGAGGGGAUAGAGUGGUUGAGAGAGGGAUAAGCCAAAGCCAAGAGAUGGGAUGUUCUAUAUCGAAGUUGGAUGAUGAAGAGGCGGUCCAGCUUUGUAAAGAUCGGAAGAAAUUCAUUAAACAAGCCGUUGAGCAUAGGAUGAGAUUUGCAUCUGGACACAUUGCUUAUGUCCAAGCCAUGAGAAGAGUCUCUGCUGCACUUCGAGAAUAUAUUGAUGUGGAUGGGCCUCGUGAGUUUACUUUGGAUUCAUUUGCAACACCGACAUUCACACCUGUGAAGAAAACAAAUCCCGGUUUCAUCUCCAUAUCACCCAAUUCCUUCUCAGUGACGCCAAUAAAGUCUGAAACAAAAUCGUCUUAUAAAAUAAACUACUACAGGUCAGGCGGGAAUUCUUCUGUUUUGGUCGAGGAGAGACCACCUCAUUCGCCAGAAACUCAUAGAAUAAACUACUACAGGCCUGGCAGGACUUCUUCUGUUUCGGUCGAGGAGAGACCACCUUAUUCGCCAGAAACUCAUAGAGUUGAUGCUUAUCCUCCCGUACACCAUUUUGGAAUGGAUAGCAUGUUUGCAAUGCAGUCCUCUCCCAUGAACUCUUCGUUUUUCCAGUAUUCUCCUAACAAUAGGCCUAACUAUCCUCCUCAGUCGCCUCAAACAUCUCAGUGGGAUUUCUUCUGGAAUCCCUUUUCUUCAUUAGAUUACUAUGGGUAUCCCACCAGGGGUGCUCUUGAUCAGGCAAUGCUGGACGAUGAGAAUGCAGGGUUGCAACAAGUCCGCGAGGAGGAAGGCAUACCUGAGUUAGAAGAGGAAACAGAAUAUGAAGAAAUUGAUGAAAGGAUGAGCAGUAAAGAAGAGAAUGUUAAACCCUGCAGCAACUUUGAUAGAGAGCAUGUUGUUGUAGAAGAUGUUAACGAUAGCGAUAGUGACAGUCAUGUUGAAACUGAGACUGAGGAAGAGCAGGAAUCGGAGGAACAUAUGGAAGAACCACCAUCUAAAGAACGUGAAACUGUAGAAGUGGCCAAAGCUCAAAAUAUGCGUCAAUUAAGUAAAAAGGAAACAGCUGUUGCUGAUGGUGAAUCAAAAGAGGAAACACCUGGCUUCACUGUCUAUGUAAAUAGAAGGCCAACAAGUAUGGCAGAAGUUAUAAAGGAUCUUGAAGAUCAAUUCACAGCCGCUUGCAAUGCGGCUAGUCAGGUGUCUUCCAUUUUGGAGGCCAACAGAGCUCAGCACUCACCAUCAGCCAACGAUGUGACAGCUAUGAAGCUUUUAAAUCCAGUAGCAUUAUUUAGGUCGGCUUCAUCUCGAUCAUCAUCAUCAAGAUGUUUGGUCAGUGCUUCAACUUCAAGAGAUGAAGGCUAUGAAAGCAGCAGUGACUUCUCUGACGAUUCCUGCAUGUUUUCUGGGAGUCACCAGUCGACCUUGGAUCGAUUGUAUGCUUGGGAAAAGAAGCUCUACAAUGAAGUUAGGGCAGGUGAGCGUGUUCGUAGGGCCUACGAAAAGAAGUGCAAUCAACUUAGGAAUCAGGACGUGAAAGGCGACGACCCUAUUUCUGUGGACAAGACUAGGGCUUCCAUAAGAGACCUUGAUACACAGAUAAAAGUUUCAAUACACUCAGUUGAAGCUAUAUCAAAGAGGAUUGAAACUUUACGGGACGAAGAACUGGAGCCUCAGCUCUUAGAAUUGGUGCAAGGGUUAGCAAGGAUGUGGAAGGUGAUGGGAGAGUGCCAUCAACUGCAGAAACGCACCCUUGACGAAGCUAAGAUUCUGUUGGCUGGAACACCUUCAAAGCUGUCGGGGUCACGGAGAUACACGAUAAUGUCACCUUCCGAACCACACAGGAUGGCGCGCUCUGCAGCCAAUCUCGAGACAGAGCUGAGGAACUGGAGGUCCAGCUUCGAUACCUGGAUUGUUUCUCAACAAUCCUACGCGCACGCGCUUAAGGGGUGGCUCCUGCGCUGCGUCCGCUCUGACCCCGACACAACAAAGUUCCCAUUCUCCCCUCGGAGGUCCUUACACGCCCCGCCUAUGUUCAACAUCUGCAUCCAAUGGUCCAGGUUGCUGGACACCAUCCAAGGGGCCCCGGUGCUCGAUGGGAUGGACUUCUUCGCAGCAGGUGUUGGCUCGUUGUACGCACAGCAGCUGAAGGAGGACUCACGGCGCCAGUCUGGUAGUGCAUCGAAGAGGUUUGGAGGGGAAAUGGAGGUGGUGGAGGCAGGGCACUUUGAAGAGGAGGUGGUGACGGCGGAGAAGAUGGCUGAGGUGGCCAUCAGAGUGCUGUGCGCCGGGAUGUCCGUUGCCCUGAGUGCUCUCACGGAGUUCGCUGUCAGCUCAGCGCAGGAAUAUGCGGAAUUGAUCAAGCAAUGGGAGAAUAACAAGCAGCAGCAGCAGCCACAAACAAUUCAUGGGUCAGAAAAGUAGACAGGAAAAACCAAUGUAAAUCUUGGAACUAAUUGUUAACUAAUUAUUUGUAUUGAAAUAGAUUAGUUGCUUGCUUUUUUGAUCUUUUAGUUCCAAAAAAGAAUUAGUUUUGCUCUGGAGAUGAAAGUAUGAAUACCCUUGUUUAUACAGUAAAAUAGAUAUAAUCACAUAAUUAUUUUGAUACCUGUUAUACACGCUAUUAUUUAAAAUAAAAAUCUAUUACUAA